UAUUGAAAGCGCAGAAUCCGUGAGCUACGGACGUGUUUCGCUCGAGCGCAUCGCGUAUCUUCCAACUACGACCUCCGAUCUCUCGCUCGCACCCGCCCGCCGUGCAUAGCACCCUCUCGCUCGCGCCCCCCCAAAGUGAUCGUGAUAUCGUGCCGCGGAUUUUUCGAUUGAGAAAAGGCGGUGAAAAUAUUACACAUUAUAUAUUGUCGGCUUCGAUUGCGUCUGCGGUUUUGUCAUCGCGAUCAUUGUUAGUCGGGCUCCUACGCGAUAAUUAUUCCGGUUCGUCUUUGGGCAAUGCCCGAUUCUAAAUUGUUAAUUGCGUGACAAAUUCAGAGAGGCCCGAAAUCAACAAUAAUAAUAAACACGAAACACCAGCUCACCCACGAUAAUGCAGAUCGAACCGAAGCCACGAUGCGGUGGCAGCAUUAGCUUUACCGUUAUGCUGCUGCUGCUGAUCAUCGGCGCCGACUUCGUCGCUGGAAGGCCUGAUGUGCGCGAGUCGCCCUUCGCCCGCGAGCUGCAACCGCCGCUGCUGCAGCCGGACGUGCCCUUCAGCGGGCCGAAGGCCAUCGACAGCUAUGGCAACCCCAUCGACGCCCUGCGACCCAUUGACACGCCCGACGGGCGCAAGGUGGUCAGCGCCCAGGGCGUCCAGUUCGAGAUACCUACGUACGCCUCGGGGAUCACGGAGAUCCGGCGACCGGCCGAUGAUCUCCUGCCGCCGCACAUUGGUGAGUUGACAUCCACACGAGCAGCGGCUGCCGGCGGUGCCUCCAGAACCAGGACGCAAACGGGAACGGCAACCAGGACGAAAACCGAAACAGAAACGAAAACAGAAAUAGAAACAGAAACAGAAACCAAUGCCUCGACUGCACCGCACACAAACAGUAGUAGUAGUAGUAUAACUAGUACAAAUAGCACUAGCACCCGCACCGCACUAGCCGCACCCAUUAGCACCACUAACAAGCUGGCCAAGCGCGAUUCGCUGGGCGGCCAGUUUCCCAUUGCACCACCCAGUAACCGCCACGCCCCGCCCCCCUUCUCCUUGAUCAAGCUAAAUCCCUUCGCCGGUGAGGACUCACCCAUCACCCAGAUCGGCUCCCAAUCAGGUCUUUGUCCCAAUCCCAGUCCCAGUCCCACUUCCAGUGCCCCGCCCACUUUGCCCGUAGCCAAGGCGAAUUGCCCGAAAUACUCAACUCCGAAUCCGAAUCCUCUCCAACCAGAUGCCAUCGCUGUGGGCCUGGAACCCAGCAGUCCGAACUCAUUCACUGGCACAUCAUCAGCAUCCGCACCAGCACCAGCACCACUUCCAGCCACAUCACUAACACCGCCCCGCCAUGAUUCAUCACCCGACACCACGACGACCGCCGCCGAAGUGGAGGUGGAGCAGGCGCACCUGGUGCCGCUUCAGCAGGCGGCCAAGGAGGAUGACGGAUCCCUGCCUGAGUAUAUCCGCGAGUUGCAGCGCCAGGACCCCGACAUUGGAGGUCCAGUGCCCUGGAAGCCGGCUGCCAAUGCGGCGCCACUCAGUGUGAUCGCCUGGGACCUGUUGCCGCCGCACGAGACGCAGGAUGUCCAGCGGCAGGAGGACAACCAGGAUGAGCAGGCGCAGGAGCCCACGAUCAUCACGGAGGCGCAACAGCAGCCGGCCAAGAAGGUGCAGGGCAUCGUGGACCCCAUUAGCCACAACAUACGCCUCAGCCUGAGCAGCGGCAGUGCCCUGAGUCCAGUGGAUGGGCCGGCGGAGCAUGGCACCAAUGCGCAUGUGGGCAGCACCACGCCCGCCAAUCCGGGUCGCUUUCCGAACCGCCAGCGUGGCACGGCCCACUACAGCACCACCAGGAGCAGUUCCACCACAGUAAGGCCGCGCAGCAGCACCACUCACGCACCAACCACAACCACCAGCACAACGAAGGCAACCACAACUAGCAGCACAACCACCAGGAGAAGCACAACGACCAGCACCACCACCACAGCGAAACCAGAGACGCGCACCACUGCCAGUCCGGUAGCCAGCACCACCGAGGACCCAGCCACCUUCUAUCGCCUGAUCAACGGGGAGGCCUACGCCUACACCCUGCCCACGUGGCUGCAGGAGGUCACCGAUCCGGACCUGGACGUGGCCGUCACAUUCGAGGUGCCCGCCGACAACGAUCAGUACAACCACACGCUGGCCAACGAUCUGGAGCCGCCAUUCGAGCCGUUCGUCGACUUGGGCAACAUUCAGCUGACGCCACCGCCCACCAGCAGGCCCACAACGACAACCAGCACAACCAGGGCAGCGCCCACAACGACCACCGCCAGAACAACCACCAGCACAACCACAACCACAACCACAACAACCACGCCACGAACAACGACAAGCACAACCACAACUACAACAACGCGACGUCCGAGCACGCAGCGACCGACCAAAGCACCCACACCAAUACCACCCACGCACAGCACUCAAGCGCACCACCACCCAGAGCCACCGCCAGUGAAACUGACCACAACCACCACUCACCAUGCAGAUACUCCGCCGGAGGACUCCAGUAGCAGCAGCGGCAGCAACACCACUCCCAGCCCGUUGGACGCAGGCAAUCCCUUCGAUUCGGCCACCAUUCCCGCCUGGCUGCGCGACUUCGACUAUCCGGAUGUGGGUCCCGGCGUGCCCUUUGACCCGGACAACUUUGGGCCAGCCGCCAGCAGUACCCGUUCCCCCACCACCCAGCCACGCCUCCCCACCGUCCCGCCCGUCCCCUCCGCUUUUCCAUCCAAAGUCACGCUUCCGCUUCCAGCCAGCAGCAGCAGCAGCAGCAGCAGCGAGGAGCCACCGCUAGUGCUCAUACCGCCCGCUGACCGCACGGACUCCGUCUCCAGUUCCGGUUCCGGUUCCGCCUUCGGUUUCGCCCCCGCCGCCGUCUCCAGUGCCGGACAACUGACCCCUCCCCUUCCCACUACCAACUCUGUCACGCCUUUUGCAGCCCGCUUCGAGCCAGCAGCGAAUAAUCCUAACCAGGCAGCCAGCCCCUCCAGCGGCGAACCCUUCCCGCCCAGCAAGGUCGAGUACACCAAGAGCGACGACGGCAAGGUCAUCAGCACGCCGGUGGCCAGCGUCCAGCGUAAAACGGAGACUGCGGCACCAGUUAGCAACACUGGGAAGUAUACGGGCGGAUUUGGCGCCCCGGCGGGCCUACUGCGUCCACAGUCGACCAACCCCCACUCCGACAUCUACGUGGCCGGCGAUCAGCACGAGUUCAGCACCAUUGUGAAGGCGAACAAGGCGCGGCCCACUGUUAAUCCGGGUCGCUACAACGGUGGCUUCGGCGCCCCCACGGGUGUGCUUUCGCCACAGAGCCAGCCGGAGCCGCGACCCUUCCAGCCGGUCCGCCAGCAGACGGAGCACAGGGAUCGUCCGGCAGGUGGCAACCGGCGAACGGAGAGUCGCUUUGGCGGACCGCCCGGUGUCCUCGUGCCCUUCGACAACGUGCAGCGGACUGGGGGGCAGUAGCGGAGUCCAGGAGUCCAGGAGUCGAAAGUCGGAAGUCCGCGAAUACUUUAAAUUAUUUAUAGCCCAUGUACAUGUACCUAUGCUAGAGCUAAAUGAGUUGUGGACUCGUCACAAGGGUCAUCACAAUAUUUGCGAAAUUAAAAGUCUCAGAACUAUCAAA